AUGGAGGAAGUUACAAUAGACAAUGGAAUGAUAAUUGAAGAAGAAGCUAUUGAAGGACUUCACUUGUUUGGAGAUAAAAAAGAAAUGACACUAUUUAAACAUUUAAAUAGAACACAUACAAAGAUAGGAGAAAAGAUGAUAAAAGAAUGGAUUAGACAACCAUUAAUAGAUAAGGAUAAGAUAAAUAAACGACUAGAAUUAGUAGAAGGGUUUUAUGAGAAUUCAGAGAUUCGAUUAAAAAUUAAAAAUGAAGAAUUAGCAAUAAUGGCAGAUUUAGAGAAGUUAAUAAAAGGGAUAAAUAAAAGUGAUUUAGAAAGUAUUGUCAAAUUAUAUGAAGCAGUAAGAAUUGGUAAAAAACAAGCAGCAAAUGAUCUUAAUAUUAAAACAGAUAAAAUUAAAAUAAUUGAAUAUAAUAAUAAUUUAAUAUUAAGAGUAUCUAAAAGUAAUGAAAAAGAAGUUAAAAAGAAUAAAAAGUAUACUGUUAUUCAAACACUUAAAGGAGAAUGUAAAUUUACAUUUAAAGAAAUGCAAACACUUAAUGUUAAAAGAGAUAAAGUUAAUUUAAAAGAAGAAGAAAUUAAUAAAAAAUUUAUAGAAGAAAUUAAUAAAGUAAUUGAAGGAUAUAAAGAAGCAUUUAAAGAAUUAGAAAAUAUUAUUGGAUGUAUUGAUUGUAUUCAAUCAUUUGCUACAGUUUCUAAUGAUAAUAAUCAAGGAUAUGCUAAACCAAGAAUAUAUGAAAGUGAAAAAGGAAUUAUUAAAAUUAAAAAAGCAAGACAUCCAUUAAUUGAAAAUAAUAGUAUAAAUACAUUUAUUGAAAAUGAUAUUGAUAUUAAUAGAAAAGAAACAAGAUUUCAAAAUAUUACAGGACCAAAUAUGGGAGGAAAAUCAACAUAUUUAAGAAUGAUUGGAUUAUGUGUUAUUAUGGCACAAAUUGGAAUGUUUAUUCCAUGA